UCCUUACCUGACAUGGCAACUAAAAUCAUUUAUUUUACUGUAAAUGGAAGACCAGAACAAGCUGAGUUUCCUAUCGACUGUCCAGCACAAGAUGUUAAAGAUCUUUUCCGAGCCGCAGCUGAGGCCGGACCUCAUGACAUCUUAAAACUCUACAAUACUAAAGGCAAUAUCAUUAAUAUUUCCCCUCAGCUGGCCUCCAACAGCCCUCACUCCUGCUAUAAGCUGGAGGUAGUCGCUGCAGACUGCAACAGUGAGCUGAUAGGCUCAGAGCUGGCAGUUGCUUUGGGAUUUGACCUCUCUUCUAUGGAGAAAAGGUUACAGAGUCUGGAGAAAAGAAUCUUGACAGAAGCAGCAGAGACUCCUGCCAUUGUGUAUGAGAUGAAGAGACAGGUGGAGUCUUUCAGAGAGAAACUGGAGAGUGUGGAGCACCUGAGCUGGUUGGGUUUGUUUAAGGACAUGUCAGAAGGAACCCAAAAACCCUCUCCUUUUUACCAUAAAAGAACGCUGCGGAAAACCCGGGAGGAGUGUGAGCAUGUCAGAGAAAAGUUUCUCCAAAUGAGUUCUCUGGAAGUAUCAGAAGAAGUGAGACAGUAUCUUAAAACACCAACUUUUGAUAACUGGCAAUGGGAGGACGCGGAGAUUAUGGUGCUGCUUCAGGUGAUGUACACGGAUCUGGACUUCAUCUCCAUGUUCAACAUCGAGCCGGAUGUGCUGCAGCAGUUUCUUUAUGAAGUGUACAGACGCUACAACAACAUCCCCUUCCACAACUUCAAGCACUGCUUCUGCGUCACUCAGAUGAUGUAUGGGCUGAUAUGGCUAACAGAUCUCAGAAGCAAGAUUGACAGCAUUGAUCUCCUCAUCAUGUUGACCUCGGCUGUCUGUCACGAUUUGGAUCACACGGGAUACAACAAUGCCUACCAGAUUAAUGCACGAACUGAACUUGCUCUAAGAUACAAUGAUAUCUCCCCACUGGAAAAUCACCACUGCGCUGUAGCCUUCGAAAUCCUGGAAAAGAGUGAAAGCAACAUUUUCCGAAACUUGUCGACAGAGCAAUACAAAAGAAUAAGAGAGGGCAUAAUUAAGUGUAUUCUUGCUACUGAUAUGUCCAGACAUACAGACAUCCUCAACAAGUUCAAAGCCAUUCUACCUGUGUUUGACUUUGGCAACAAAGAUCACAGAGAUGUGUUGAUGAUGAUCAUGAUUAAAGUCAGUGAUAUAUCCAAUGAGGCCAGACCCAUGGAUGUGGCCGAGCCGUGGCUGGACUGUCUGCUCCAGGAGUUCUUCAACCAGAGUGAUAUGGAGAAGUUGGAGGGUCUUCCUGUCACCCCAUUUAUGGAUCGAGACAAAGUGACCAAACCUUCUUCUCAGACUGGAUUCAUCCGCUUCGUUCUCUUCCCUCUCUUCAUCGAACUGGCCAAUCUCUUCCCCUGUCUGGAGCAACACAUCAUCGAUCCAGUGCGGAAAGCCCUGGAUUAUUACACGGAGAUGGAGAAAGCUCUGGAGCGAGAGAAGCAGAACCGAGCUCUGAAUGAGACGACGGUCAAAACCAGCACCUCACAAGAGCCUGACGCUAAUCCAGAAGCGUAAUCAGACUCAAACUGUGUUACGUCUGUUAC